AUGACGCCCUCCAUCCCCAAAGAAAUGAAAGCCAUCCAAGUAGUAGAAUACAACGCACCCUACCAACUAAACRCCAUCCCCGUCCCCUCAGACCUCUCACCAACAGACCUCCUAGUAAAAGUCGCCGUAGCCUCAAACUGCCACACAGACAGCAUGGUCUUAGCAGGAAAAUUCGCCACCUUACUCCCCUGCACAGCCUCCCACGAAGGCUCCGGAACAAUCGUAGCCAUAGGAUCUGAAGUUCAGAAUUUCACUCCCGGCGAUCGAGUCAUGUGUGGUCUCCCAUUGCAUCCCUGUGGUGCAUGUCCCGAUUGUUUAGGACCGGAGCAUCAAAGACAAUAUUGUAUGAAGUUGAAAAGUGGACAUAUUGGUGUUCAGACACAUGGCUGUUUUGCAGAGUAUGUCAAGUGUGAUUCGAGGUCUUCGACGAAGUUACCGGAUAAAGUCAGUUUAAUGAGUGCGGCUCCCCUGGCGUGUGCGGGAAGGACGGUGUGGAGGAGUGUGAUGCAGACGGAACUCAAAGCUGGAGAAUGGAUUUGUUUUGUGGGGAGUGGAGGGGGAUUGGGACAUUUGGGAGUGCAGUUCGCCAAGGCGUUGGGGUUGAAGGUUAUUGGAAUUGAUGCUCGGGAUGAGGGACUUGCUUUGACGAAGCAAUAUGGUGCUGAUGUUGUCGCUGAUGCGAGGAAGGGGAAGAAGGAGGUUGUUAGGGCCGUGCAGGAAGUUACUGGCGGGCAAGGAGCGGAUGCUACCGUUUGUUUGUCGGACCAUGAGACUGCUGCUGCGACGGCUUGUGCUGUGACCAAGAUGCAUGGGAGGAUGGUGCAGAUUGCCCAGCCGGAUAAUGUUUCUGUUCCGUUUGCGGAAUUGAUCUUUAGGGAUAUUCGGAUUGUGGGCUCUUUGAUUUGUUCGGCGGAGGAAUCCAAGGAUAUGCUGGAUGCUAUCGCAAAGCAUGGCGUCACUGUCAAGACGAACCCUUUCUAUGGCUUGGAUAAGAUUGAGGAGUUGGUGGAUAUGGUGCAUGGAGGUAAGAUCCAGGGCAAGGCUGUCAUUGUCGUGGAUAAUGAGCAGUUGGAGCAGGAGAAGAAGAUUGGAGCCAAGUUUUAG